CUGGAAUCCUUUUGGAAUUUUCUCUGAGCUCCGUCGCUACGAGAUUGGAUCCGGGCUCUUUAUCGCCGCAAUCCACGCCAUCAAACAGUUCAGAACAACAUUCGCACCUCCCAGUGAACGGACAGCUUGGAUGGUACAAGAAUCCUAAAGGCCCUGACAGAAGCCCCAGCAGCCAUUUGGUAGCAAAUAAGUCCAGAAUGUCACUCGAAGAUAUCUUAAGCUAUAAGGGCACGAUAGCCCUUUGCACUCACUGGUGUCUCAAUAAAGGCAUGAUAGGCCUGCUCUGUUUAGGAAGCACUUGGUAAUAAGGCUGUAGAUGUACCUCUGGAGCACGGUACCUUCGUCAUAUAUACUACAAAAAUGCAAUUGCAAAUGCCUUCAAUGUCAGAGCGACAUCACACAACAAGCGCAACACUUCAGAAAUAUAUACUCCAUCGAUGGUAAAGCCCGAUUAUACCGCGCAUUGUAUGUCAUUGCUGCUCUUUUUCACUGUGUUGUAACUCUUCAUGUCGAGCGAUAAAGCCGCGUCACUAAGAUACCAGUCGACGCUUUUGAUGCAGCAAGGGGUUGUAAGCGAGUCAGUGUCCAGUACGGUCAUCGGGGAGCAAAAGGUGACAAAAGGGUUAUCUUGUCUACACGACCAUGAUACUGAAUCUAUUUUCACCACCGAAGAAUAGUGAGUGUACGGACUACCAGCGGAAUGGGCAAAUGGAGAGAUCAACGACCCAACAGGUACAUAUUUAUAUUUACUGCCUGGCCGACGACAUCCUCACC